AUGAAGUUCAGCUUUGGCCUCCUCGCCUCCCUGCUCACCAUUGCGCUGGCCACUAUGGUUGAUGCCCAUGACAACCACCACAAGAAGCACCACCACCACCACAAACACCCACAGCACCAUGCUAUCGAACAACGGGGUCAGAAAUCAGGUCACCAGGUCGGGAUUCCUUGGGGCUGUGGUCCAUCAUGCAUCAAGGGUCUCAAGUCGACCCGUCAUACUGAUUUCAAUUGGUACCAUCACUGGCAAGACACCUGUGUUCCUGAUCUUGACAAACUCGGCUUCGAGUACGUUCCAACCUUCUGGGGCCCUUCGAAAUGGGACAAAUGGAACGCAGUCAAGUCAGAGAUGAACAAGGGUCCUCUUCCCAAGUAUCUCCUUGCAUUCAACGAGCCCGAUGUUCAGGGUCAAUCCGAUCUCGGGCCCAAAGCAGCAGCAAAGUUGUGGAUGCAAGAGUUGAAGCCAUUCGCUGAUCGAGGCGUCCAGGUCGCAUCCCCUCAGGUAUGCUGGAAUCUGCAAUGGCUCGAGCAAUUCAUGUCGGAAUGCAAGAAGUUGGGUUGCAACAUCAGCUUCGUCGCGGUACACUGGUACGGUUCAUGGCAAGACUUUGACAAAUUCACAAAGUGGAUUUCUUCCGUUCACGACGCAUUCGGCUUGCCCAUCUGGGUUACCGAGUACGGUAUCACCCAAGCCUCCGGUGGAUCGCAGAGCGACAUCAAGAGCUUCCACCAACGAGCUGUUACAUGGAUGCGUCAACAAGGCUACGUCGAGCGAUCCGCUUGGUUGGGUGGUUUCCCUGUUAACCAGAAACCCGAUCCUUACCCAAACAGUCUCAACUCGUACUUUAACGGUGAUGGUUCGGCAAGAGACUUGCUCUGGUGGGCAAGUCACUCGGCGGGUGGAUCGAUGCUUAGUCUUACUGGCAUCUCCAAACGUGCUGUAGGUGAGGAAGAUCAUGUUGAAGCACUCAAGAAGGUGGUUAAGGAUGAGCCUAUUAAGAAGGCUGAACACGAACAGUACGAUGAGGAACACUGCGAUUACAAGUGUCAACUGCGAUUGAACUCGGUAGAGAAGCACUACAGGAAGAAACAUGGCAUUGUUCAAGUCGAUGACAAGCAUCUCUGUAUUGACACUCCAGGCAAGCUCGACCAUGAGGAGCGAAAGAAGCUUGCUGGGUGUCUCAAGCAUCAUGGUCUCCUCGCCACCCACGUCGACGCUCGUCAUAAGGACAAAAAGGACAAGGGAAAGGGCAAAGCCUCCGUCGAGAUCCAUGCCUGA